AUGGACUUUGCUCAAAGCCACUAUGAUUAUUCCCUGUUCACCAAAAGAAUAGGAGCUGAUCUUGUAGUCAUCCUAGUUUAUGUAGAUGAUUUGUUGGUAACUGGCAGCAACUUACUUCUCAUCCAGCAGGUCAGAAAAGAUUUGCAGGAGAAGUUCAAAAUGAAGGAUCUAGGGGAGCUAAAGUAUUUCCUUGGCAUUGAGUUCCCAAGGUCUCAGGAAGAUAUAGCCUUUGUUGUUCAGGUACUCAGCCAGUAUAUGCAUGUACCUAUGACUUCUCACAUGGAAGCUGCUGGAAGAAUAAUGAAGUACAUCAAGUCUACACCUAGACAUGGUUUGUUCAUGCCAACUGGAAGCUGCAAUAAACUAAUAGCCUAUUGUGAUUCAGAUUGGGAGAAGUCAAAGAAGCAAGGGACAAUAUCUAGAAGUUUAGCUGAGGCAGAGUUCAGAAGCAUGACAACCACAAUAGCUGAAAUUGCGUGGUUGGUUGGACUUUUCAAGGAGUUUGGAGUGGAUAUUGCUCUGCAUGUGUCUCUAUGCUGCGAUAGUAAGGCAACAAUUUGGAUUGCUGCACAUCCAAUAUUUCAUGAACGGACUAAACACGUAGAUAUUGACUGUCAUUUUGUAAGAGAAAAGCUAGUACAAGGUCUUAUUCAAACUCAACAUAUUGGAACAACAUAA